AUGGAGGUCCCCAACAGAACGUGGGGCCCCAAGCCCGACCUGAACCAGCGCAACCAGGAGAUGCAUAUCCUCGUGGGCCUGCAAGAUCAAGGCAGGAGGAUUUUCGCUCGGUCCUGCGAGGAGAAGCUCCGGCAGAACAGGGAGCUGAUCCCCAGCCUGCAGAAGGCCUUGCAGGAGGACUCCACUUUCCUGAACUUUGUCCUGAAGUACAACAAACUCCCCAUUAAGGAUGCCUUCGGAGAGCUCGUUUCAGGCACUGAGAGCCUGGAGGUAACAGCAGGGCUGGAAGCUGGGGCUGGGGCUCUGGGGACAUUGAGAACAGUGCAUGGCAGAGGGACACGCUGCCAGCAGCAGGACAACCCCACGGGGCUGCUGUGGAGACAUGGGGUGUUCACAUCUGGUCCCACGGGACACAUCCAUGCAGCCCCUUUGUCCCAGCAGACCUCCCUGCUGUCCCAUCCCCAUGUCCCUGGCACUGCCCAUGUUCCUACAGAACAGAGAUGCUGUCCCUGCCCUUCACUGCCUGUCCCAAGGUUGUGCCCUGGUUACAAACCCGUGGACAUCGAGGCUGUGCCUACAGAGCUGCCUUUGCCCAGAGGCCUUGUGCAGCAACAGAGCGGUGCUGCUCCCUGCCACCAGCAGUUGCCCACCCAGCAAGCCCCCAGAGCAAAGCUCUCCCAGACCCCAUCCUGUCAAACCAGUGACAACAUCCUAGAGCAGCAUCUCAGUGUCCCCAGCUCCACCUUGGGGGGAGUUUUCUGGGCAGCAUCCAGCCUGGAAAAUGGUCUCAUGCCCAUCCAGGUGGCCGUAAAGAAGAUGGAGGCCAAACUCCAUGACCAGGUGAAGGCGUGUGACAUGCUGGCGCACCAGCUGAAGCUGUGGAGCCAAGCCAGGGAUGAGCGCCAGAGGCGCCUGCAGGACCUGCAGGAUGCUGAGGCUGACCCUAAGUGGCGAGAGCUGCAGACCAUUCGCCAGCUGGGCAAUGACAUCGAGAAGAUGCUCAUGAAAAUUAACAGUGGAGAGAUUGUCACCAACCUGUACCUGAGGCUGCAGGAGGUCCUGAGGAGGGUGAGCUCCUCCUCACUGUGCCAGUGUUUCACCUGCUCUCCCUGCCAAGGCACAGGGUGCCCAAGGGGCUGUGUCCCCUCCGUGCCCUGUCACAGCACGGGGCACCCCGUGCCCACAGACAGCCCCACGUACCUGAGAGCCUUUCUUCAGCAAGGGGCAAAAGAGAAACUCAUGGCCGAGGCAGGGCCCCGGGUCCGUGUGGAGAAGCACCUCAGGGACCAGUCCCUGGCUGAGCAGAAGAAGCACCUUGAGAGCCUGCGGCGCCAGGAGGAGAGCGAGAGGCAGCAGAGGCAGAGCAGGACCAGAGCUCCUCAGAAACGCUGCUGGGUGAGUGCCUGGCCAGGGGGCAGAGCGGGGGAGUGUGGGCACAGCCACGGACACCCUGCCCUGCUCCAUCCCCGGGCACCCUGCCCUGCUCCAUCCCCGGACACCCUGCCCUGCUCCAUCCCCGGACACCCUGCCCUGCUCCAUCCUGGACACCCUGCCCUGCCCCAUUCCUGGACACCCUACCCUGCUCCUUCCCUGGAUACCCUGCUCCAUCCCCGGACACCCUGCCCUGCUCCAUCCCCGGACACCCUGCCCUGCUCCAUCCCCGGACACCCUGCCCUGCCCCAUCCCUGGACACCCUGCUCCUUCCCUGCCACCCCAGGUGCUGACGUGGAGGCCGCCAUGGCCAGGAUGCAGCGCGAGGCCUUUUUGACCGACAAGAUGGAGAAGGCAAAGACUGCCCUGCAGUGCUCCUGCCUCUGGGACAUCCCCAGCAGCAUCGAGGCACAGAGGAAAUCCCUGGAGAACCUGCAGCAGCACAUCGAUGAGUGCAAUGAGAAGAAGAACGUGCUGAAGAAGACCCUGCAGAACCUGGAGUCCAAGCAGGCCAAACUGAAGUUCAACCAACCCGUCAGCACCGCCAGGUGCUGCUGGCCUCGCACACUUGGCAGAGCACCCAAAGCUCCCACUGGGGUCCCUGAGCUCCCUUUCUCCUUGCUGGGCAUGGCAAGUUUGGGGUGUCCCUGCACCCCUGUGCACCUGUGUGAUGUGAGUGUGGCUGGCUCCAGCAUGCAGGAGGAGGAGCUGAGGGAGAAGCUGAGGCAGGAGGAGGCCCGGCUGGAGCAGAUGAGAGCCCACAUGCUGAACAACCAGAAGCGCCUGAUCGAGUUUGAGAACAUCAUUGACAACAUGUUCCUCCGCCUGCAGGGCAUCUCCAUCCCUGGCAAGGAGGACUCAGGUGAGGUGCACGGGAUGGAGGCGAAGCUGCAGCACUGUGAGCAGAAGAUGCAGUUCCUGAAGGAGCAGGCAGCAGCCCGGCCUGAGGACAGCCCUGAUGAACAGAGCGAGGUACGGGGGCUUGGUGGCCCUGGGGACACACUCAGGGUCCUCCCAGACCAAGGCCACCCAAGCCAUCCUUCUCAGCAAGGCCACAGGGAAGGGCGAUGGUGCAGCUCAGCCCCGAUGGCACUGGGCACCCAUGGUGCUUGGCUUGUAGCACCCACCUGCCCUCCAGCACUCAUCCCAGGCUGUCUUUCACAGACUUUUGCCAAGGUCAGGAACCUUCUGGAGGAAAGAACUGCAGGUGAAAAACAGAACCUGAGGAUUACCUUUGAGGAUGAGGGCGCUACGGAGCAUGGUAGGAGAGCACAGUGGGGAUGUGGCCUCCAGCCCCUCCCCAGUCCCUCCUCUCCACUCUCCCCUGCAGACAGUUUGGAUUUUGAGGAGGAGGAAGAGGACUACGUCCCCAGCCGGGAGGAUAUCAAGAAGCAGGGGCAGCAGCUGAUCCGCAUGAACACCCGGCGUCGCAAGAAGAAGUAGUGGUUUCUCCGUGUGAGCUCUGAAGGCUUCAGGCCACCCCUUGUACCCUUUUCCCAGCAGGAGCACCUUGAGCUGAGUUUUCUCAGAAUGCUUUUCCCAGCAGGUUUAAUAAAUCAGAUAUUCUUCAUUCCUCCCAGUUCCAUGGUAAGGCUGGAACAGGUCCUAGGUCACUUCUGUCACUCACAACAUGUUGGGGUCCAUCCUGAGGGGCUCUCAGCUGGGUUUGGAGGUGGACAUGGGCUGGCUUAGGGACAGGUUCAGCCCCUGGACCCCUGGAGCAAAGCUGGUGCUGGCCUGGCUUUCUCCCCCUUGGUGCUGUGGGGCCAACACCUUCCUGGGACCUCUGAUGCCUCAGGGGAUGGAGCUGUCUGAGCCAGUGAUGGGGAAAUGAGGGGAAUGGCUGAGUCCUGUGGGGUCCCAGGGUGGGAGUCCCCA